AUGGAGCUUCGUGGACGACCGCUCAAUUGGGCCAUCACGGCUGUGGCUGGGUCAGGGUUUUUGCUGUUUGGAUAUGAUCAAGGUGUAAUGAGCGGCCUGCUCACAGGUCAAGCUUUCACCAAGCAGUUUCCCGAAAUUGAUACGACCGAUACUGGCAAUGGCAGCUCCUCACUCCAGGGCACAGUCGUGGCCAUCUACGAAAUUGGCUGCUUCUUUGGCUCGCUCUUCUGUCUCUUCGCUGGCGAACGACUCGGACGACGGAAGUGUAUAUGGUUUGGCUGUGUCAUCCUCAGUGUAGGAGCUGCGCUCCAAGCAGCAGCCUAUGGCAUACCUCAGAUGAUCGUAGGACGUAUUGUGGCUGGGCUUGGCAAUGGCAUCAACAGUCAGUGUGGAGGAUAG